GAGUCCUCCAGCCAAGCAGUGGAGUAGAAGCCAGCAGGCCCCCUGGAGCCAUGAGCCACAUCAUCCGCCCCUGGGCCCGGAAAGACCUGAAAGCCGUUGUGGGGCUUAUUAGGGAGCUGGCUUCUUUUCACAAAGCCCUGGACCAGGUGAAAACUACCCCAGAAAUGCUCGGAGAUGACGGCUUUGGGAAAGAUGCCACCUUUGGGUGCCUGGUAGCCGAGGUGCCCCCACAGCAGGGAAGCAAAGGGGGUGGCACAAUUGUUGGGUACCAGUUCCAUUAUAUGACCUAUUGCACGUGGGAUGGCCAUAUUCUCUUUGGUGAAGAUCUCUACGUGGUUCCUGAUUUCAGAGGUAAAGGCAUCGGCUCCAGUUUGCUGGCCAAAGCUGCCCAGAUGGCGCUGGCAAAGGGCUGCUCCCAGAUCCGGUUCGUCUCAGCCAACUGGAACCAGCCAGCUGUGGAUUUCUACACCAAACUGGGAGCGAUGAAUGUCACAAUUCAAAACAACUGGAACCUCUGCAGCAUAGAGGGGGAGCACGUUCAGAAACUGGCAGAGCGGGCGAGAAAAUAG